UGAGCGGGAACCGUGCAUAAGGUGCAUCGGCAGCCGUAGUGAGCAGUAGUGUGCAUGAGAACCAGAACCUGCAUGAUGACGUGUUCACGUAGUCGGUAGUUGGUAGAGUUUUAGAGAGAGUUUUUUUUGCUGCAAUAUGCUGUCGUUGGAGAGCACGCUGGAUGUGAGGAGCAUCGACGAGCCCAGGGGACACUGCUGCGCCAUCUGCUAUCAUCCCUUCUCACGAGACGGGCUGUUCGUGCCGAGGAACCUGAGCUGUGGACACUCCUACUGCACAGAAUGUCUAGUAAAGCUGGUGAACCAUGGACAGAGGGGCCACAUCUGCUGCCCCACCUGUAAAACCACCACCAAGAUCCCGGGACUGUCUAACGACGCCACCAGACUGCCCAAGAACUUUGGGGUCCUGGAGAUCCUGGCUGGGGAGGAGGACAAGUAUGGACGGACACUGGGGAUACAACCUUGUCUUGCCUGUGAUGAGCACGAGAAUGAGCCAAAGAAGGUGUACUGCCUGUCAGACCAGGAGAUCAUCUGUAUCUACUGCCAGGUGUACGGCAAACACAAGGGACACGACUGCGCCCUGGUCAAGGACGUGGCAGCUAAGGAGAGGCAGAAUCUGAGACAGCUGGCCGAGGCGCUGAUCAAGCACAAGCAGCAGCUGUCGGAGGUGCGGAGCGCGGUCCACGAGAUGUGCACGGCCGUCCGGUUCAAGGAGGAGAAGCUGAUGCGGGAGAUCUCGCACCACUUCGAGCUGCUGAGGAAGAGACUGUACAAGAGGGAGAACCAACUCAAGGCACAGGUCAAGAACCAGACCAUCAUCAGGGUCGCCACACUGGAGAAACAGGAGAGGGAGCUGUCUGAUGUCGUAUCUAAAGCGGAGGAGCUGGAGGGGCAUUGUCACUUCCUGAUCCAGCGAUCGGACAGGACGGUGCUAGAAAAGAAAGGCCAGGUGCAGGAAACAUAUAAGCAGGUAGAAGAGUUGGUGUCUGAGUGUGUGAUCCACCCCCAGGCUGUGGACACUCUGAGCUGCAAGUUUGUAGGAGACAUCCUGGACAUGCUCAGUGAUUACGGCUACAUCGGAGAACCCCCAGUAGACGAGAACAACCAGAGUGAGGUGAAGCUGAAUGCGGAGGCUGUGGCCAUCCUGGAGACCAGCAGUAGUGAGGAACAUGAAGGAGAAAACCAGCAGGGUGCCAAGGAGGUGCUGGCUGACAUCAUGUGCUGCCGAGUCAGCAGACAGAGGUCGCCAGCAGACGAUGGUUCAUCAGACCUGGCUCUGUCAGAGAUAGACGAUCCCCACGAUAUCAACGCCAACAGGUCUCCGGUGGGCACUAAACCCAGACACAUCCACUCCUGCAGACGGCUCAGUAACGACAACUCAGACAACUACAGCGAGAGCCAGUCGUCAUGUCUGGCCACCUCGGAGACAUCGUCGAGUGAAGAUGAGCUGGAGGCUGUGAGUGACCUGGAGGAGAGCAGAGGGGCGUCGGCCCUGGCAGAGUCGCCACGGCAACAGCCUUCCCAUGAUUCCCAGCGGUCCACCAUCACCCGCAUCACAUCCAGCAGCAACAUAGUGAUUGAAGUAACGAUAGGACAAACACAAACCACUGACAGACAGGAGACAAGUUCGGGACAAACCACUCAAGCUAAAGGGGAGGGCAGCAAUCCCUGUCGAGGGGCACACAAAGUCGACCCCUGGGACAAGCCGGCCUCACAUGUGCAUUUCUCUCGGGGCAGAGAGACCAAAGUCAAGAGUCAAACAUCAAGGUUGCUGAGUACAGUGCUGGGUAGACGGAAAAAACAUCGCUCACCAUCCUACGCAAGCACCACGAGCCUCGCCACGGCCCAGUCCAGCGGGAAACCCAAGUGCUCGGUUGUGAACUGUCCAGGCCCGGCCAUCGUCAAGUGCAAACACUGUAACCGGGCCUUCUGUAAGGAAUGUGCCACCAACUCCCUCAGUGCCAAACGUUGUUACAAACGUCCGCGUGGACACAGCCUCAUUCACGUGGACAACUUCCCCCGCCCGCCAAAAGUCGGGGUCGACAACGCUGCCUUCGCCAAAUCUUCUGGGACAGUUCAGAGCCAGCCUCUCUCCGACGCCGCCACGGUCGGCAGCAACGAUCAGGAGAGCGUGUCGGAGAAAACUGCGGUGGGAGGGGCGGCGGGGAAGGGACAGGGGCUGCAGCAACUGCAGGCCAGCCCGCUGAGGAAAUGGAAGUGCCUGCGCUGCGCCGCCAUCAACAGAUGCAGCAGUAAGGUGUGCAGUCGGUGUAACCUGCCGCGGGGCGCGCCCAUCCCAGAGCCCGUCCCCGUGGGGAACGUGUGCCCAGCGUGCACGCUGUUGAACCCCAUGGCAGCGCUCAAGUGUGAACUCUGCGAGACAGAACUGUUACUGUAGAGUAAAACUCACAACAUACAAAAGAAGGCUCUGCCCCUGAGGGGUUGCCAAAAACAUAACUGAUGUACAGCUUGAGUACUACUAGUACAAACUUGAGUGCAAAAGAACACCUUUAUUAACCCUCAUGUGCAAGCAAUGUGAGUUGCAGCAUAGUGGUUGUCCCGUAUAUCAGUAUCCUGUAGAUGCCUUAGAUACAUACUCUUGCCUUCAGCUUUACUUAUGUUCCUGAUCUUAAAGCACAAUGAGCUAUAACUUUAUUCUCCUUUCUUUGGUGUUGGGAAUAAGUUUUCUUCAACAUUCUAAAAACAAUGACAACAGCAAAGAAAAAAAUCAAAAACAUAACACAGCAAAAAAAAUGCAUAUUCUAAGAAAAAAUGAAAAAAAAAUUAUCAUGAUGAGAUUGGUAUUAAAAAAUAUUUAUUCUGGAACACCACCUUCCACUCAAAAUGCACAAGUCUCUAGUACAUGUACUUCUUGUAGCACGUUGGCAGAACGUACAGCACCUGCGCGAAA